CUCUCUCUCUCUCUCUCCUCUCUCCUCGCCCCCUGCUCCCUCCUCCUCCUCCUCCUCCUCCUACCUGAUUCAGAUCUGCUCCGCCGCUAUGCGUAUGACCGCGUCUCUCUCUGCAAGGCGAGCACCACCGGAGAGACCCGCACGCUGCUGCUGCUGCUGACCGCCAGCACCAAAACGCCGGCUGACGAGCGACCCAGGCCGGGCAACAGGAGCGGGAGCCGCCGCCGCCGCCGCCGCCGCCGCCGCCGCUGAUUAACCUCCGUCCGGCGGAGCAGCCGGAGGACGAGAUUAACGCGCGGAGAGUUGGAUAGAGAGAUCGGCAAGAGUGUGGCGUCCCGGAGCCUGCUGUCCCAUUCGUCAUCCUCUCCUCUCUUCCUCUACUUCUCCAAGCAGCUCUCACCUCGCCAAACUCCACUCUUCCAUCUCCUCCUCCUCCUCCUCCUCUGCAACUGGCAAACUUUUCAUCCAUUCCUUUCACACUUCUCUCUUUCUCCACCCAUCUAUUCUUUCCUUUCGACGGCAAGCUCGCCAUGGCCUCCAAACUGAACCCCAACGUCCUGUAUGUGGCGGCGCACGGCGAGUCGCUGGGGUCGCUGCAAGCGGACUCUGAAAGGACCCUUAUUGCUGGAGAAGCUGGAGAAGAGUCAUCAGACAGCGACGGGGAACAAGAGGAGACGUCACACAAGUUGAUCCGCAAAGUGUCGACCUCGGGACAGAUACGUGCCAAGAAAAGUGUUAAGGAGGGAAUUCUUUUAAAGCAGACCAGUUCUUUCCAGAGAUGGAAGAGGAGGUACUUCAAACUCAGAGGGAGGACCCUCUACUACGCCAAAGACUGCAAGUCUCUAAUUUUUGAUGAAGUGGACUUAUCGGACGCCAGUGUGGCCGAGACCAGCACCAAGAACAUCAACAACAGCUUCACGGUGAUCACUCCAUUCCGCAAACUAAUGUUAUGCGCCGAGAGCAGGAAGGAAAUGGAGGACUGGAUCGGCGCUCUCAAAUCCGUCCAAAAAUGGGAAACCUACGAGGCCAGCCAGUUCAACAUGGAGCACUUCUCUGGGAUGCACAACUGGUACGCCUGCUCGCACGCCAGACCCACCUUCUGCAACGUCUGCAGGGAGGCUCUGCCAGGCGUCACCUCCCACGGCCUGUCCUGCGAAGUUUGUAAGUUCAAGGCUCAUAAGCGCUGUGCAGUUCGCUCCACCAACAACUGCAAAUGGACCACGCUGGCCUCUAUAGGAAAUGACAUCAUCGAGGAUGAGGAAGGGGUGUUCAUGCCCCACCAGUGGCUGGAAGGCAACCUGCCGGUCAGUGCCAAAUGUGUGGUGUGUGACAAGAACUGUGGCAGCGUGCGGCGGCUGCAGGACUGGCGCUGCCUCUGGUGCAAGGCCAUUGUCCACAACAGCUGUAAAGAACAAAUGGGGAAGGUGUGUCCCUUGGGUCAAUAUCGAGUGUCAAUCAUCCCUCCCACUGCACUUAACAGCAUCGACUCAGAUGGCUUCUGGAAGGCCACCUCAGCGUCGUGCUCCAGUCCUCUCCUGGUCCUGGUCAACUCCAAAAGUGGAGACAACCAGGGGGUGAAGUUCCUCCGCAAGUUCAAGCAGCUGCUCAACCCAGCUCAAGUCUUUGACCUGAUGAACGGAGGACCAGAACUCGGCCUGCGGCUUUUCCAGAAGUUUGUGACGUUUCGUAUCCUGGUGUGCGGAGGAGACGGCAGCGUGGGUUGGGUGCUCUCAGAGCUGGAUAAACUUAACCUCCAUAAACAGUGCCAGCUCGGCGUGCUGCCUCUGGGUACAGGUAACGACCUUGCCCGUGUCCUGGGCUGGGGAGGCCUCUGUGACGAUGACGCUCAGCUGCUGCAGAUCCUGGAGAAGCUGGAGAGAGCCACCACCAAGAUGCUGGACCGAUGGAGUGUGAUGACGUACGAGGUGCCCACCACCACUAAACGCACACCGAUAGUGAAAGAAGACGACAGCCUUGAUUCUCCUCUGCAGGUCCACAUCACUCAGUAUGCAGACUCCGUGGCCUCCCACCUCGCCAAGAUCCUGGACUCUGACAAACACACUGACGUCAUUUCCUCUGCCAAGUUCCUGUGUGGGACAGUGAAUGACUUUGUGGCGGAGGUGGGGAAGGCGUACGAGAGAGCCACAGAGAACAAGGAGGAGGCAGAUGCCAUGGCAAAGAAGUGUGCACUGCUGAAUGAGAAGCUUGAUUCCCUCGUGAAGGCCUUAAGUGAAGAAGCGGAGGCUCAGGUGGUUCCAGCAGGUUCAGUGCCCAGCCAGGAGAGCGGCGGCUCGAGCCCCGGGGAAAGUGGCGGCGAGUCGGGUUCAGAGGGUAAAACGUACCGGUCCAAGGAGCAGCUGAUGCUCCGGGCCAACAGCCUGAAGAAAGCCCUGAGGCAGAUCAUCGAACAGGCAGAGAAGGUGGUGGACGAGCAGAACCGACACACGCAGGUCCAGAGGAUGUCGUCCUUGUCCUCCAUCAAAAGAGAAAACAGCGAGGAGCUGAAGGACACUGAACCACGUCAAGGAAGCUUAAGUCCCACCUCCCCUAUUGUCCUUGAGAAACCAGAGAGCCUCCACACGGUCACCUUCAGCGAGGACACUGUACAAUGCUCAGAGAAGUGUGUGAUGAACAACUACUUCGGCAUUGGCCUGGACGCCAAGAUUUCCCUUGAGUUCAACAACAAGAGAGAUGAGCACCCUAAAAAAUGCAGCAGUCGCACCAAGAACAUGAUGUGGUAUGGAGUCCUGGGGACUAAAGAGCUGGUCCAGAAGACGUACAAGAACCUGGAGCAGAGAGUGCAGCUGGAAUGUGACGGUGUUCCCAUGUCACUGCCGAGUCUGCAGGGCUUGGCUGUGCUCAACAUCCCAAGCUAUGCAGGCGGUAUCAACUUCUGGGGAGGCACCAAGGAGGAUAAUAACUUUGGUGCUCCGUCAUUUGAUGAUAAGAAGUUGGAGGUGGUGGCGGUGUUUGGCAGCAUGCAGAUGGCCAUGUCCAGAGUCAUCAACCUGCAGCACCACCGCAUUGCACAGUGCCGCCAGGUGAAGAUCACCAUCCUCGGGGAGGAGGGGGUUCCUGUGCAGGUGGACGGAGAGGCCUGGAUCCAGCCGCCUGGCAUCGUCAAGAUCGUCCACAAGAACCGAGCACAGAUGCUCACCAGAGACAGGGCCUUUGAGAGCACGCUGAAGUCAUGGGAGGACAAGAGGAAGAUUGACAGCUACCGCGCCAGCAGACCCCGCCUUAACUCCCAGCAGUCCAUGGAGUACCUGACGGAAGAGGAGUGCGCUCAGGUUCAGCAGCUGGGCAUCGUGGCCGACACACUCAUCAACAAGAUCCGUGAGGCAGCCAAGACCCACAAGCUGGUGGAACAGGAGUUAGCUCACGCCGUCAACGCCACUGCCCUGGUGCUCACGGAGGCCAAACUGUCCAGCCCUGAGUGUCUAAGUCGCAGCACGGCGGUGGAAAUCGUCAACAGCAGUAAAGUUCUCCAGGCUGAGACCAGGAUGCUGCUCGAUGGAAAACUACUGUCAGAGUCUCCAGAGGAAGAGGAGCUUCGGUCGACCCUGAACAGCCUCAGCGCUGAGCUCCACAAGCUGGACGACAUCCACUGGAUCUGUCCACUCAUGCAGUGCUCCGAGGAGGACUCAGUGCGGGGCAGCAGUAAGAGCACCAGCAGUAUGAAGCUGAAGAUCAUACCCAAGGUGAAGAAGGAGAGGGAGAAGCUCCACAAGCAGAAGUCCAACAGCUCUCUCUCAGGAAAUUGGGAUAUUAAAGGUGGGGCUGGUGAGGCAGAUUCCUCAGGCAAUUGAAGCAUGAGGUGUUUAAUACUGCCCCGCCUUCCCUCCCGUUACGCUGACAACCAGGGGUGAGAAGCACUCGUUCUCCUCCCCUCUAACCGCGAUACCCAGAGACCUGACGAGGUGUGAGGAAGAAAAGGAAAACCACCUCCCGACUUUAAUGCUAUUUCCUCCCUGCUUCUUUAAACACCAUUUUGCAGGGAGGACUUUUGUUUCUAUUUUACGUUUUUGAAGGGGCCUGGCUUUGCACCGCAUUACUUCACCAUUGGCGUUCUGCUUUUGGUUCUGGUUAUCUGCUUGAGUUUGAAAGUCGCCGUGGCCAGCAGCGAAUCAAACAAAGGAAGAGGCAGGCGUAGAACGAAAGCACUCUCGCUGUUUGUUUGUUUUUUGACGAAGAAAUGUGUUUACGUGGUGCUCUCCUUGCAUGUCGAGUGCAGCCAUCUUAUUUUAUAUCUUUAAGUUGUUACAAUCUUUUAAUUAUUUUCUCUCUAACUAAUCGUUUUAUUUCUGAACUUAUGAACAGCCUUUAGACUUGGAUUUUUCUCGCAACUUUCGAAGAGUAUUUAUUUCUUGUUGCUACUGCCAUGAGAACUCAAAUGGCAACACAAUGAACAAACUGAAACAUCUCAACCUUAUCGUCUGCUGAACUGGGGACAUCUUAAAUGUUGCAAAAAAUGUACUGAGGAAUGUACUUGUGUGGACUUUGUAUUAACCUGUGAAUAAUGUUAAAUGAUAAAUUAUAUACGGUUUCACAAAGGUUCUACUGUUGUGGUUCUAAAGUGGUUCUGUUGUCUGACUUGUGUGAUCCGAGGCUAUGCUUUAUGAUGAGUCAUUUCAUCUGGAAUUCAUUCUUAUGAAACGAUUUAAAGUACGGCACAUCACUAUGAUCAAGGUCUAAAAUAUGACUCAUGUGGGAGUAAAAAAAAACAUCCCACUGGUUUUAAGAACCAUUUUGAGGUACAGUACCAGAUGAAAUGACUCAACAAGUGUGAUUUGUUUUUGGCAGUGUAUGGUGAAGGUGUUUACAGAAGGAGGAAGCAUCAAGGACACAUUGACAAAACAUUACAGCUACUCAGUAUAUUACUCCCACUUUGCCAUACUUCUGAUUGUAUAUGUAAUAUAAGAGUCAGUGGAUAUUUGAUUUUGCCUUGUCUGUGGUUAAAAGCUAUUAUUAUUAUUACAAAUAUAUUAUCUAUUUUUUUUGUAUAUCUUAUUUUCCCAAUGGUAAUAUGUGAAGCUGUCCUGGCUUUGCUGCUUGACAAACUCCUUGGCCAGUGCAUAUAAUCGAAGCCAAUUAAUGAUGUUCUGUGUCCCUGCAUGCAUACUUAGCCUUCCUUCGCCUCACAGUGUUGGGUUUAAGUAGCCUCAGAAUAGUGAAUUUUAGCUUGUUUGUCCGACCAGCAACGUGAAUAUUUUGUUUUAACCUGCUUGACGCACCAGAUGGUCUGGGUUUUACUGCAAAAAUGAUUUAGCCCAAAAAAAAAACACAGAAAUGUCUGCCAAUACUUUACUGUGUUGUCCAGACUUCAGGAGAGUGUAUUGAUUU